AAAAGACGCAAAACAAAGUUUAUUUUUGUUUUUAAAUCAAAAUUUCACAAUUUUUAAUUUCUAUUCUAAUUAAGGCUUUUGUAAGGCACAAAAAGAUAUGGCGCACAAUAUGAAUUUAGAGACUGCACGAAAGAUUCUCAUAGAUAUCCUUAAAGCCAUCGCACUUCCAGAAAACAGCAAAAAACUUAGCGAAGCAAAAUCACUUAGUGGAAAGGAAACGAUUAAAUUCUUUCAACAAGUAUUUCCAAUUGUCAUGGAGAUUCAAAUGAAUGUCGUCUCAAAUUAUGGAUUCUCGGGACGUGAAGGCUUAAUACAGUUCGAACAGCUUAUAAGGGAACAAGAAACUUCAGAUCCAGAAAUAGCUAGACUGAGAGAACAAAUUAGAGCAACUUAUUUACCGCCGAUGAACUCAACAAGUCCAGAUGUAUUGAUUUAAAACAAAUCGGAAUUGAAUAGUUAACAGAUCUGAUGUCUACAAAGAAAUGACAUCCGUACUGCAUGCACGAUUGUGCAAUUCGCGAAUAUGAUCAAAGACAAGAGUACUUUAUAUAUUAUUUUAAGUUAAGUUUAAUCAUACAAUAACACCAAUAAUUCCAUUCAACACACCAUUUU